CGGGUCCCACAGAAGAGUUGUAAACCUCAUCACUAGGAGGCGGUAACGCACGUUUUCCGCUUUCAACCACGACCACGAAGAAGAGUAAGAAAACAACAUGGCAACAGUACAAGUUAGCGAGGCUGAGAAAGUGUACAUCCUUCACGGAAUAAGGGAUGAUUUACGGGUGGAUGGAAGAGGCUGUGAGGACUACAGACACAUGGAAGUAGAGACAGAUGUGGUGUCCAACACAGACGGGUCCGCUAAGGUCACUCUGGGUCACACUGCAGUUCUUGUUGGGGUCAAGGCUGAGAUUGGAAAACCGAAGCCAAUGAUUCCAAACGAGGGAUACCUUGAAUUUUUUGUGGACUGCUCAGCCAAUGCAACCCCAGAGUUUGAGGGCAGAGGAGGAGAAGAGCUGGGGACGGAGCUGAGUAACACCCUCUACAAAGCCUUCAACAACCAGCACAGCUUGGAUCUGAGGAGCCUCUGCAUAAGUCCUGGAGAACACUGCUGGGUGCUUUAUGUGGACGUGUUGCUUCUUCAGUGUGACGGGAAUUUGUACGACGCCAUCUCAGUAGCUAUCAAGGCUGCUCUCUUUAACACAAAAAUUCCCAGAGUCCACAUAUCAUCGGAUGACGGAGGAGGGAAAGAGAUUGAGCUCUCGGACGACCCUUACGACUGCAUGAGACUUGAUGUAGAAAACGUUCCCUGUAUAGUGACUUUGUGCAAGAUCGGCCACAGGCACGUGGUGGAUGCCACUCUGCAGGAGAAGGCCUGCUCUGUGGCGAGCCUCAUCAUCUCAGUCACACACAAAGGUAUAAUCACCUGCACAAGGAAGGUGGGACGAGGCAGCCUGGAUCCAGAGAGCAUCUGUGAAAUGACAGAGGCAGGAAAACGAGUGGGGAAAGCUCUCCACUCUCCUCUCAUGAAGCUGCUGCAGCAGGAGGAGAGUCUGGGCAAGAAGAGGCAGAAAGUUGGCUUUCUUGGUUAAAAUCACUGGUUUAUUUUGUUUGUAUUUACAUGUGUGUGUCAUUUUCUAAUAAAAAUAAAUUGGUACAA